CCUUGUUCUCGCGUCAAAGAGCCAUUCAGUUGUUGAAAUGAUCGGAACGCACGGCAAGGGAAUUUGCAAAGUGGACACUUCGGGCCUGGCAGCGUCAGCCAUGAAACAUCCAGCCUUGGAACUUUGCCGCACCGAACACGCGCUCCGGCAAUGACGUAUCACAAUGGAUGUUUCACGCGUUGGUUACGAGGUUAUCGACACGACUCAAACCUUUGGAAUAUCUUCAAAACAAACAAUUAAUAUAUAUCCUUGAGUGGUACGAUCUAAUGUAGCACAGAUUGAAGCAUUCUAUUGCUGUGAUCGUAACCUUUUGCGGUCGAAAAUUUUUCAGCAAAGCCGUUCGUCGACGUCACAGCCAAUUUUGGUCUUUGGUACGUAGAUCGCCGCGAGAGGCGAAUUACACCGAGUGAGGAUGACCCACUUCAAGCAGCAAUGGCCAUAUUUUAUCACCUGAAUUGAACAUGUGGAUAUUCGGAAUGUGGGAACCGUUAGAUAAUCCACAACAUUGUCGUCAUAUCCGGGGAUCGCGUGGCCUUCAAAGGAAUUCCACGCCCUUAUCAGCAAGCCUGGAUCUCAUCUCCUCUGGACUUAAUUAAUUUCCAGCAUCCAGCCCUAUUGAAGUUAUAAGACGCGAUAAGCUGGCAUAUACAUCUUAAGCAUUAUUCUUUAUGUGUUUUUUUCGAUUCUAUUCACCAUGAAUAUCUUGAAGAAGAUCAAAGCUGGACACAAAGUCUCAUCGGACAGCGAUGGAAAGACGGACGGAACAAUUACGCCAGGUCAGGGCGCUAGUGUAGCUGCAAACGACUCUGGGGAAACGCGAGACCUGGAAAAAGAAGUGGGACAUACUCUCGAUGAUCGUCCAGUGCGACUUUUGACAUUGCGAGUCUUUGCAAUGGGUAUAAUUGUUUCGAUAGGUGGCAUGAUUUUUGGCUACGACACAGGUCAAAUUUCAGGCUUUCUUGAAAUGCCCAAUUUUCUAGACAAUUUCGGAGACCGCGGAAGCAAUGGUCAGUUUUCUUUUUCCAAUUGGAAAUCUGGUCUGAUAGUUGGCUUGCUAUCCAUUGGAACGUUAUUUGGUGCAUUGAUUGCAGCACCCGUUGCAGACAAGUUUGGUAGACGUUAUAGCAUCGUCUUCUGGAAUCUCAUCUUUUGCGUUGGAGUCAUCGUCCAGAUCACAACCACAACGGUCUGGUAUCAAAUAGCUCUCGGCAGAUGGGUUGCAGGACUUGGGGUCGGUGGGCUUAGUGUCUUAACCCCGAUGUAUCAAUCUGAGACUGCACCAAAGCAAGUAAGAGGUGCAUUAGUAUCCUGCUACCAACUGUUUAUCACGCUAGGAAUCUUCGUUGCAUACUGCAUCAACUUCGGUACGGAGUCGGAGCGGAGCCGUCGAGCAUGGCGAUUACCGCUAGGUAUCGGCUUCAUUUGGCCUGUAAUUAUGAUGGUAGGAAUCAUGUUUCUGAGAGAGUCUCCUCGCUGGGAUUAUCGCCAUGGCAAAAUCGAGGAUGCGAAGAAGACCCUAGCUCUGAGUUAUGGUGUACCGGAAAACCACAGAGAAGUCGCACGAGAGUUGCGCGAGAUUCGCGAGAAACUUGAAAUAGAGCAGGCUGGAGGCGGCAAACACAAAUUUUACGAAAUUUUCACCGGGCCACGCAUGCUUUAUCGUGUGUUGCUUGGGAUUGCUUUGCAGUCGCUCCAACAACUAACCGGUGCCAACUUCUUCUUCUACUACGGAACGUCAAUAUUUACCUCAACCGGAAUUAACAACAGCUAUGUCACAUCCAUGAUCCUUGGGGGCGUAAAUUUUGGGACCACGUUCUUUGGCCUUUAUGUUGUUGAACAUUUUGGUCGUCGCAAGUCCCUCAUAUUUGGUGGCCUGUGGAUGUUCGUCUGCUUCAUGGUCUUCGCGUCUGUUGGCCACUUCAGUCUUGAUCAGCAAAACCCACAGAACACGCCCGGUGCGGGGACUGCCAUGAUUGUGUUUGCAUGUCUCUUCAUCGCAGCUUUUGCCAUGACCUGGGGUCCCAUCAUCUGGGCCAUUGUAGGAGAACUUUAUCCCACGCGUUACCGUGCAGCGUGCAUGGGGAUUGCAACAGCAGCAAACUGGAUAUGGAACUUCUUGAUAUCCUUUUUCACGCCAUUCAUUACCGGUGCUAUCGACUACCGUUACGGCUACGUUUUUGCGUCAUGCUGUUUCUUGGGUGCUGUGGUCGUUUACCUGUUUCUUUGCGAAAGUCAGGGCAAGAGCUUGGAAGAAAUUGACACAAUGUACAUCUUGCAUGUCAAGCCGCGAGAAAGUUCGUCAUGGAUGCCACCAGAGGGGGAAGACCUAGUCACGGCUGAUAGACUUGCUCUGACCCCUGGCGCACGAGACAUUCGCAAAGAACGACCUAGUGACCAGAGAAUGGGUUCUGUGUACAACGAACAUGCUCAAUAACGACGAACAUGUACUACGGCUUAAUGACAUGGAACAGUUUUUCAUAUGGAUCAUAUACGAACUAGACCAUUGCCUUAUUGCUUAGUUGGAGCCAAAUACAGUUUUGAAUCAUUGAUCAAUCUUCAUUGAGGUUUGAGUUUCUAUCACUUUGCUGAUUGUAUCUCUCUCCGUCUUCGCCAUUUGCCAAGCGAUUGUACGGAGUUGCAUAUGUACGUAGGACUGUUCCGUCUUAGCCCCUAAUAACUGGAUGUCGCUGGCAGUCUUGACAGCGCGUGAGUGCUUGAAGGUACGGAUAGCGUACGUUGGGGCAUUGUGCUGGCCAGAUUUGGCCUUUGCAGAUUGUGACAGCCGUAUCGACCCUGCAGCCGCAAGUAUAGAUUAUCCUCGCUAUUUCGCACAUUUUCAGAAGGAAGUUGUUGAGUGUUUCUGUUGAUGUAGUCGAGUAUUGUUAGAGCAGUUUUUGGCCCUCGAUCAUGG